UUUUUUUUUUCCUUAUUUUUUUUCAUUCUCAUCAAGAUGACAGAUAUUGAUCUUUCUUAUUCUUUAAAAGAUCAACUUCGAGCAGAUCCUUUUGCAUCAACAGAAGAUCAAGUAGAUGAUACUACUGAAGCUGGAAAAAUAGUUAAAAGUCAACCACCAGCUACUAAAUGGGAAUUAUGGGGUUAUUACCUUUAUUAUAAUGGAAAUAAUGGUUUCACGAUGAAUUCAUAUAUGACUAAUAUUUUACAAUCACUUGCAUUUCAAGGUGGUUUUGUUGAUCCUUUACAUCCAGAAAUAAAAGGUUGUCCUGAUUCUCAAGGUCCUUGUUUUGUUAAUUGGGGUGUUGGUAGUGUUCCUGUACAAUCUAUGAUGUUAUAUCUUCAAGCUAUCUCUUUUUCUAUUCAAUUUACUUUAUUCACUUCUUUUGGUUCUUUGGCUGAUUAUGGAAAAUGGAAUCGAUAUAUCUUAUUAACUUCUACUAUUAUUACUUGUGCUUGUCAAAUAUUACCUAUUGUUUUGGUAAAUGAUGAUGGAACUCAUUGGAAUGGUAUGUUGGCUUUGGAUCUUAUUGGUUUAAUUGCUUAUGGUACAACUUUGGUAUUUUAUGGUGCUGCUUUUCCUACUUUAAGUGACAAUUUACCUGUAGUUCGUCAAGCUCGUGCUGAUCCUCAAAAGUCAAAAAGUGAAAAGAUGGCAGUAGUUGAACGCUGGCGUAAUCAUGUUUCUGCUAUCUCUACUACUUUUUCCAAUAUUGGUUUCUUAGUGGUAACAGGUGUUCUUUCUGGUGCUUCUUACUAUCCAUGGUCUAAUUAUACUUUCCCUGAAGGUACUGAAGCUGUACUUGGUAAUGCUCCUAUUUUCAAUUAUAUUGCUACAGUUGUUUGUGGUGGAUACUUUGUUAUCUUCAUGUUACCUUACUUUAUUGCCCAACCUCGUGGUCGUCGUGGUCCUGAUCUUCCUCCUGGUGAAAAUCAUUUAACUAUUGGUUGGAAAUCCGUGAUUCAGGCUGUUUUAGAAGCACGUCGUUUCAGAUAUCUGUUUAUCUAUAUCUUUGCUUACUUUUUGUUCUCAGAUGCUGUAUCCACAACAAAUCAAAUGAUCGGUAUUAUUCAAGGCAAUAUCACUAAUUUUAGUGCUCUCCAAACUACCAUUUUGAAUUUGGCCUCUGCCGUUACUUCUAUCAUCGGUUGUCUCUUCUUCUUAUAUAUUUCCAAACAAUUCGGUGUACGUACCAAACUUAAUCUUAUCAUCAUCAUUGUUCUUUCAGGGGUUAUUGCUGUUUGGGGUUGCUUUGGUAUUGGUUUGGAUAAUUUUGGAUUCAAAAAUACUUGGGAAUUAUGGUUCUUCUAUGUGUGGUCUGGUCUUUUUACUGCUCCUAUUUGGGCAUGGCAACAAACCAUGUUGGCAGAAUUGACUCCUAAAGGCAAGGAAAAUCUAUUUUUCGGAUUAUUCGGUGUUGUCAAUAAAGGUUCGGCUUGGGUGGGACCUGUGAUCAUUGGUGCUCUGACUCAAAAGACUUCUAAUAUUUAUACUGGAUGGGCUGUGGUGUUAACAUUCUUUGUAGUGGGCCUUGCCAUUCUUUUCUUUGUCGACGUCAAGAAAGCGAAAUUAGAAAUUGAACAAUAUUAUAAGGAAGUAGAAGAACAAGAAUUGGCAAAAGUGAACAAAGAUAAUAUCGGAAACAAAUUACAAUUGGAAUCAUCCUCUGUUGAAAAGAUCUUGGUCGAAGAAGUUCGGGCUUAGUUAGUCUCCAU